AUGGAUCAUACUGAGGCAGAUUUGGAGAGUAUAAUGACCAAAUUAAGAGGCCCCCAGUCGAUUACAACAGCCGAAUUUGACCUGAUCGCCCAACACCCUGAGUGGUACACCACACUGGGCAAACGCGAGCGACUAGCUUUGUCUGAGUCCCGCGCUCUUCGACUUCUCGAGGAAGUCUCGAGCGACUAUGAAGUUCACCCUGGUCGAUAUGCACAGAUAGAUCACUAUCUCACAAGACAUGGGCAGUUACAUCGAAUGAUAGACGCUUCCAAGAUGAUGCAGCGUCUAUGGGCUCGUCAGAAGGCAGACGAUGAGGAGGAUGCUGGACUGGUGACCCCUACUAUUGAAGAUAGCCCCCAUACCUGGACUGAAGACCUGGCGACCUUUGCAAGAGGCUGUCUUAAAGCCCUCAGCGGCGAAACCGUCGACGUUGAUGAUGAUACAGACAGAUCACAUUCAGGAACUGAGCACGAAGAAGACACUUGUAUGAGUUCUGAUCUGCCGGAGAUCAUAACCUUGUCAACUGAGUUCGUGGGACAUAUGCGAGAUCAGAUCAGUAAUCUCCCUUGCCGAGCAGUCGAAUGGGAUGAUCUUCUGGAAAUAUUGAAAGAAGAGGCCCCUGUGAAGGAGGAUGUUCUAUCUGCCAUCAGAGCUAUAAUGUGUGGUCUGGUGAAUGAGCUUGAGCAUGCCAGGUGGGUGUUGGGAAGUCGCGGUACUUCCGAGGAACAAGCAAUUGCCAUGCUUCAAGCCCCAACCCAUCUGGCCCGGAUGGUUGGUGUUCUGAGCAUCGAAAAAUAUGGGAAUAUAGAUUCAUAUGCGGAAUGGAAAAGUCUGGAGAAAUGUUUCCCUGCCAGGUAUAAAUGCUUUUGGAACGAUAUCGACUACAUGUGGCCGAUACUCGCUGAUAUCCGGGCUUGGAGCGUUGUCAGUCGAAGUCUCCUCAGGAUCUACCAGUCGGAGGUAUGCAAAAAUCAAGUAGAGCUCCUUCUCAAGCUCUCAGUGGAUUUACAUACCACCCGAUUUGAUCGUCAUUCAAAGGGCCGUCCCCGGGUCUGA